AUGAACUUCCCUACUAGUACUACCACAACUGAAAUAACGCCACCUCCACAGCCACAAUCUUUCCCACAACAACUCCAGCCCGACUCCCAGCACAAUAAACGAAGAAAUGACGACUUUGAAGUUAAUCAACAACGAUUCAAGAAUAUGACGCAAGAAGAAGCCAUAAAUUCCACUACUGAAUGGCCUCAAUUCAUCCACCCAGAUGGGGGCAUAGUUAAAAUAUCGCCAUGGGGGUCGAUACGAGAAUACACUGAUCCUAAAACUAACGAAACUAUAACUAAAUUUGAAGAUUGUAAUUUUGAAGAGUAUUCGUUCAAGUCGGAAACGGUGGAGAAGUUGUAUCAAACACCCGAUACGCCACAGUCGUUAUACCAUCGAAAUACCAAUCAGUCACAUGAUCACAACAAUCCUGCUACUACAGCCAAUUCGUCAUCACGGUUUACCUUGAGCCCGAGUAAUGAAGUUGAAGGAUAUGUCGUUGAUGGAUACGGUCGUCACCAAAACGAUGAUGCUGUAUCAUUUUCAAGUGCCAAUGAUAUGACUCAUCAAUACCCAGUUGAGCAGGAGAAUUACUUUGGUAUUGGUGGUGAACAAAUGGAGGAAUUUGAUUGUAGUUACAAUGAAGAUGAAGAUGAAAAGAUGAUUUAG